AAAAAUUCAUGCAGUUCAGCAUCAGCGUCAGUCAAGAUCACUUGAAGAUAUCAGCACCGUUUGUUCACAGUUGCUUUAGAAUACGUUUCAAAUAAAGAGGAUGAUUGUUCUUGAAAGUGUUAGACGACAUUUAAAAAUUGUCGGUUGUUUGCCAAUUUAUAAAUGGAAUUUGCCAAUUUGGUGUAAUCAAGCUUACAUUGGGCUAAUAUUUCUGUUAUUGAUUCUAUAUUUGGUGUCGACAUUAUGCUUUUUCACGUUUGACACGAAAACAUUCAUUGAUUUAUUGGAAACAACAUUUUGGACCAGCCGCUCCGUUCUUUCGUUGAUUUUGUAUUACGUGUUUAUUCGCAACAGAAAAGAACUCAUUCAAUUCAUCGACGAUUUGGAGGCGAUUGUCAAUGAAAGACGUAAAAAAACUCACGUUUUAUUCGAAAUAUACGACCAAAUCAACAAAACAUCCAAACUGAUGCCAAAGUACAUCGCAAUAUUUCUAUUUAGAAUCGCUCCGAUCGCUUACGUUUUACCGAUCGUAGUCAAUUCCUACUAUAAAUACUACAACUUCAACUAUUCAUCCGAAUCGUUUCAGUUGUUUUAUCCAACGGCAUUGCCGUUUAAUUGGAAGACACCAAUUGGUUACACAUUUGCGGUGGCAUUUCAACUGCUAACAUUUCUUGGUGUACUCGAGCUAUUCUUGGCGUUUAUAGCUAUUUACAUCGGCAUUUGUCAAUAUGCAAUGGCCUUUGCCGAUGAUAUAGAAGAAAAUAUUCAAGAUUUAAACAACGACGUUGAAUAUUGUAAUAGAAAUUGCGCAGCGCCCAAACAAACAGAAAUCCGGAAGAAAUUGCGCGACAUUGUUGCCUUUCAUUCACGUUCAGUACAAUUCGUAUCAAAAUUUUCAACGUUUUACAAAAAGUUUACAUCAAUAUUUUUCAUAAUUACGUCGUUUUAUUUGUGCAUCUUCUUUUUACGUUUACAAACGGAUAUUUAUGCCUGGGAUUUUCUGAAUAUUCUACGAUCAAUUGUGCGUAUAGUCGGUUGGAUUGUUGGAUUUUUCUUCAUAUGCCGCUUUGGUGAUCAAGUAACGAUUCGAUUCCAGAAUAUUGGCAAGUCGUUGGAAAAGCACCAGGAAACUUUGGACUUUAGCGACGAAUGCAGUGCCAUGAUUAAAAUGGCCCAGAAACCAAUACAUCUCUACGGUUGUUUUAAUGUUCGUUGCAUUGAAGCUAAUUUCCGUAUGAUGAUGUACAUGGCGUUCUCUUCAUUCAUUGUUAUGAAGGCAAUUAUUCGCUAGAUUUGAGUAUUACUUCAUUUUUGAAUGUUUUUGAAUUUGAUUUCUUAAAAUGUACAUCACUUUUUUGAGAAUAAUAAAGAGAUGGCAUAAGAAUGUGUUAUUUUAACAGUA